CUCUCGUGUGAAUGCGUACGGCAUCCAAGCACGCACCUGCACACGCGUAAACGCGCGAAUUCCUCGACGACUAAAACUCCCGCCGUUAAUUGCAGAAGCUCGACGCUCGGAGUACUUAGUACACUAUUAGUUGAAGUCUGCCGUUAUGCGGUUCGGGCCAAGGAACGCAUACUACUUGCGCAUAUCAGAACACACCGUUUUACCUCUCUAUCUUUACCUCGACGAGCGGCAUGUCGACUGGAUGUCAGAGCAGGUGCUCCAGCAUGUGCUCUCCGACCUGCGCCCGAAGAUCCUUCCGAAACUCAAAGAGGAAGCGAACGCCAGGCUAGGCCUAGGUGGUCCCGCGAACGCAAAGCGGGGAACCGUCGACGUGCAUCGAGGAGAGACGUAUCAGUUCGCGUACUUCCUCGCCGAGACCAAGCAGCACUCCGUGCUCAUCAAGACGCGUAACUUUGUACCAGCUCCUGCCCCUCCGCCGGGUGCCCUCCCCCCGCCCAGACCAUCUCGCCUGCCCCGCAGACCAGAAGGGCAAGAAGCGGCCCGCGCGCCUAGGAAACGCCGGCACCGGCAAGGGCAGCAGCGUGCUAGGGAAAGCGACGAAGAUGAAGCCAUUAACAUCUCGAGUGACGAAGACGAUCGCCCUCCGGCCGCAGAGCCCCGGCGGUCUGCUCGGGCGAGAAGAGUCGUGGCUGGCGCGUACAGGGAUCAGAACGAAGACGAGGACAUCGAGGAAGUCGUCGAGGUGCACGACGUUGAUGCGGACGUCGACGUGACCACGGCUUCAGGAAACCCGCCUGCGGAAACAGCGGAACCCGCCACCUCCGCUGUCCAGCUGGAUGAUUCGGGCUUAAUAGCGAUGGACGAAGCUGAGGAUACCCCAGCCCCCCGCCUGUCGGGCUCUGAACCCGUCGAGGACAUCAUUGCGGAUCAGAUCACAGCAACCCCUCCGACUGGCCAGGCUGAGGUUCAGUCAUCACUACCACAUGUAGAGGAAGAAGACGAGAAGAAACUCGUGCUACGGCUGAACUACGAAGGCUUCAAUAUCCAGGGUCGUCAUCUAUGCGUGGUGGUCGAACCCUAUCCGCCAAUACGCGCAUCUACGCGUGCGCCGUCGUUAGCACCGGUAUUCACCAACACACAGAGGGCGCCGAGCAUCGCACCUCCUGACUUCGUCCCCAGUGGAGACGCUAGACGGCGAGAGAAGACCCCUCUCUUCCUACCCGAAUAUGACAGGGAGCGCAGUGUUACUCCGGCACCAGCAUUCACGCGACAUCGAACCUUACCGCCUGUGCCGCUGUUCACUGACAACCCCGAAGACAGCGAUAGUGAUGAUGGCGGAUUCAUGGAGUUCACUCAGGUCCUCAGGUCCGCCGGCCAGAACCAGGCCGGCGCCAUGGAGGACGACGACGAGAUCGAGGGUGCUGUCUUCUUCGGCGACGCAGAUGAAACAAAGGAACUGGGAUAG